AUGACUGUCCGGCUGUGGGAUGCAGGGACGGGGGAGCCAGUCGGUGAGCCCUUGCGGGGGCACACUGAUUCAGUUUGGUCGGUCUCGUUCUCGCCGGACGGCACCCACAUUGUCACUGGUUCUUCUGAUAAGACUAUUCGGCUGUGGCAUGUAGUGAUGGGGCAACCAUCGCAAUGGUGCGCUGAGUUAGAUCAUCCAGUAUUCUCAGAUGAACAUCGCACGAUCGAGGCCACCACUACCACGCCAAUGAACACUCUGAACAAUCACUUCAUCCGCUCCUCGUCCAACUCUAUCCAUGCACUCUGCGACACUUUUGAGUUAAUGGCGGGGGCAUCCCAUGACGACCGCAGUUCGACCCCCCCUGUCCUGGAUAGUGACAGUGGAUGGGUGAUGGGACCCAAACGUCGGCUGUUAUUUUGGGUACCACCCGCUUCUCGAACCCCAUUUUAUAGCCCUGGAACUGCAUUGGUGAUACCCAGAGGAUGUCCUGAGCUUGAUUUGAGCCGCAUGGCACAUGGACAACACUGGCAAAAGUGCCGAGACGAACCUUAGUACCGACGAUGAUUGCAGCAAUGCACCCAUUAUGAAGAUUUCAGAUACAAUCUACAUGUAAUCGAGUGUACAGUAGAUCACACUUCCUAUUCUAUUCCCUACCCAGCAUAUAACUUGAGUUCAGGGUUGUCCAUGUGAGAUGACUAUAUAGCAGUACUCAUGAUUUUUGUGCUAGUCCGUGAGAGCAUGUAACGACAGACAUAGCAUGUCAAUUCUAUC